ACACCAUUAGCUUUACCGGUAUCGUUUCGUGCAACGUGAACUUAAUUAUUUAACUAUAUAUAUUUUAUUUAAAAUAAUUAAUACUUCACUGAAGUAUUUUCUCUAGCAGUUAAAAUGUUGGGUGUCAAAUACUUUUUGUGUGUUUUUGCAGUUCUGAAUUUAGUUAAUAUUUAUGAAAAUACGCAUGCCCUGGAGUGCUACGUUUGUCAAGGGUGUACGGAGGUGACAGAUGACGACAUAGAGACGUGUUCACCUAAAACUACAACUGUAUCUACAUCAACUACUACUACACCCGAACCCACAACAACGACUACUACUACACCCGAAUCCACAACAACGACUACUACUACACCAGAACCCACAACAACGACUACUACUACACCAGAACCCACAACAACGACUACUACUACUACACCCGAACCCACAACAACGACUACUACUACACCAGAACCCACAACAACGACUACUACUACAGCCGAACCCACAACAACGACUACUACUACAGCCGAACCCACAACAACGACUACUACUACUACACCCGAACCCACAACAACGACUACUACUACACCCGAACCCACAACAACGACUACUACUACACCCGAACCCACAACAACGACUACUACUACACCCGAACCCACAACAACGACUACUACUACACCAGAACCCACAACAACGACUACUACUACACCAGAACCCACAACAACGACUACUACUACUACACCCGAACCCACAACAACGACUACUACUACACCCGAAUCCACAACAACGACUACUACUACACCAGAACCCACAACAACGACUACUACUACACCAGAACCCACAACAACGACUACUACUACUACACCCGAACCCACAACAACGACUACUACUACACCCGAACCCACAACAACGACUACUACUACAGCCGAACCCACAACAACGACUACUACUACAGCCGAACCCACAACAACGACUACUACUACUACACCCGAACCCACAACAACGACUACUACUACACCCGAACCCACAACAACGACUACUACUACAGCCGAACCCACAACAACGACUACUACUACAGCCGAACCCAUAACAACGACUACUACUACACCCGAAUCCACAACGACUGCUACUAAUGAGAACGUUUUGGUCAGGAGAGUUCGUUCAUAUUCAAGAAAAAGUCUAUUAAACUACAAAAAUGAAAAUGAUAUUAAUGAGCCCCGUUGCUUUUCUACAGUCUUUGAAGUGAACGGCGAAAGAGAUGUAAUCCGUGGUUGCGCGUACGCAUCUGACCAAGCUGAACCUGAACAACGUUGUAAACAGGAAAUUGGCAACGAAGACGCGGCCAUAAUAUCUUGUGACAUCUGCGAAGGUGAUCGCUGUAAUAACUCUCCGAAGACCACUAUUGGUCUCAUGUUUGUUGUAAUUAGUACAAUAGUUCACUUUUUAUAAAUAUAUAAAUAACAUUUAUUUAGUGCAUAGUAAAAUAGAUUUAAACCAUGUGCUUAUAAUUAUAAAUAUUACACUUAACUGUCGUAAAUAUACCUGUAAUUGUAUGUGUAUAUAAAAUUUCGUUUAAUAAUAUAGUGUGUAUAGUCACAUUACAGCCAGUGUGAAUAAAGCAUCGCAUGACUUUGUGUAUAUAUAAAAAAAAAAGCAAAAACUACUGCAAUAUAAAUAUUACAAUAUUACUUACAGAAACAUAUGUAUCGAUACAAAUAUUCACUUUCAUAUUUCUUAUUUGUAUAUUUCUUUUUUUUAUUUCAAAUUUGCGAAGUAUUAUCUCUUAGAUGUUCUUGUCUUGAUUAUAGAAAAGUAUCUAAUAAAGUAAUAAGUAACACAAAAUAUUCCGUUCAUUUACAAAGUACGAACUACAUCUAAUUAAUUAAAUAUUAAACUAAAUAGGUAUCGCUCAAGAAUAAAUAUUAUACUUAUAGAUUUUUUUCUUAUAAUAUCACAUUUUAUAAAUUGUUAUAUGCGUAUGCGAAUGCGUUGUGUUCUUACAGAAACCAUCAAACAGUCUUUUAAAUUUAAUGGCAUAUAUUAAUGAAGUACUAAAACACGAAUUAGCAUCGCGCUACGGUCAUUAGAAUAACAACACUAUUCUAAACCACGCUACGAAUUCUUAUACGGCCUUCACUGUCAUUAGAUAAGUCGAAGUGGAUCGCUAAUUAAAUAUAAAUGGCAGCUACAGCAUUUGAAUUUGAUUCUAGUUUAUCCCUGUUUGAGUAUGCAAAAAAUAUUUAACUAUUAUAAUAAUUAUCCAGUCAAAGUUUUUGAUAAAUGACCAAAUAAUAUACUAAAAAAAAUUACUAAAAUAUAACAUAAAUUUGUAAAUAUAUUAUUAUAUUAAGUAGCUGAUUUGUUUAAUACUACGAUAGUUAAAGCUUCGUACCUUAGUAAUAUAACUGUACCGAAUCCAGAUCCCAAAGGAUGAUUAUAUUACCAACACUAAAAAUUUUGUAUGUCGUUAUAAAUUUCCAACCAACACUCCAGUGGGAUCAGUGGAUCCAGUGGAAACUACUGUGAUUAAAUGGACCGAAUGACCUGCUUUCAUCCCCACCGAGCAUCCCUCACUGGUGCCUAGCUAGCGUAUAGUUUACCAUUCCAUUAUUAUGUUCAAAUUCUCCAAUGAAGGGAAAUAUGUUAAUUUUACUAAACCAAAUUAUUUCAAGUGUUGGCGGUAAACUCGCAGCGGUGCCAUGUUGAAUUUUGUUAUGCGUGGCAAAAUGUAGAGAUAAGGGAGGUUAAAAACCGCGCUGUAUACGAAUCAUAAUAGAAAUUGCUUUGUAUAACCCGUCGAUGUAAAUAGACUAGUCCUAUUUGUAUUACGCCUUCGACACGAGAGACCUAUUGAACUCGACGGAUUAUAUGAAGCAAAUCCUAUAAUAAUUCAUAUAAGGUGAACCUUUUACCGCCUAGGAGUACAUAUUUUAUACAAAAAUAUUAUGUAAUAAGUUAUUAUUAUUAAUUAAGUAUCAACUUAAUACAAAAAACUUUUUAUUUUUAUCGUAAUUUUUCUUUCAUUUUUCUUUUUGCAAAUUUUUGACAGUAAUAUAAUAAUAAAAAUUUAUAAAUAGUGUAAAAGUUUGAAAUUGUUUAAAAUCAUAUUUUUCUUUUUAUAAUUAUUUUCCAAUUAUUUAUAAUACGUAAUAUUGUAAUAGUAAAUAUUAAGACAUAGUAUUAUAGAUAGCAUAUAAGGAGUGAUCGUAGUAUUAUUAUAAUAUUGUAAUACAUUUUAUAUUAAAUGGAAA